AUGGCCAACUUUCUUGCUUUCAUCACCGUGUUCGCCGCCAUGGUCAGCGCGACCGUGAACCAAACCGACGACCGCCAGCUCCAAACCACGGACGCAUCGUUUUGCUGGAAGACAUCGCAGACACGUGGCAUUGGCCAAGUGCCGGUGUCGUGCGCCACCGGACAAGAGCGCCUGGGUCUGCUGUGCUACGACAAGUGUCCAGUGGGCACGACCCGCAAAGGUCUCGACUGCCACUCGAACUGCCCCGCUGGGUUCGCGGACCAAGGACUGUUUUGCCGCAACAGUGAAUAUGGCCGGGGGGCUGGGUACCCGUGGAAGUUUGGCGACUGGCUGAACGACCGCGGCAUGUACAAACGCUGCCAAAAGGACCAUGGGCAGGGCAAGUGCGAAAAAUGGGGGUGGGUUGUGUACCCCAAGUGCUUGCCCGGCUACACUUCGUUUGGUUGUUGCAUCUGUCGACCAACCCGCCCGAACUGCGAGGCCCUUGGCUUGGGCGGCCGGUUGGACUUGUCAUACCAAAUCCUGUCUGUGGGGCAGCUCGUAUUCAACAUCGGCACAGCAUUUGCCGGCAGCUCGGCCAAAGCGCUCCAAGCCCCGGCGGAUGUGUCCAAGGUCGCCGAGUUGACAACGGCUUGGAAAGCCAUCAAAAACAAGCCGUUGGUCAAAACGGCCAUGCAAGUCUACGAUGCUGCCAAUCGAGGCAAAACCGGCUACCAGGCCAUCGAAGAACUCGAGCAGGCCAACUCCACCACUGAAGACUACGUGCGUAUCGCAGCCUCCAUCGCGUCCAUUUUGGACCCCACCGGCAUCUCGGAUGUCAUUGCGGCCUACACGUACUCCACUUGCGACAAAGUUGCAGCCUAA